GUUGAUUAGUGGUUACCUAAGCGUUCCAGGUAGCGAGAAAAAUCGCUUCCAAGUGUCAGAUCCAGGGCACAAGCGAACAGCGACCUCAAACAAACCGAUGGAAAUGUGACAGAAAGUCCAUUUCAGCAUUGUAUGUUCUUAUGCGAAACAUGGAAGAAGGGACAUUGAAGAUGAGAAAUGAUCAAAUCUGGCAGCGGAGCGGAAGUUGGUCGAUCGAUCAGCGUAAAUCAAUUUUCUAGUGAGGGAAUUUAGUUUGGGCUGUUGUAGUUGCUUUCCCUGAUUGGCUAUACGUUACGGCGAACCUGUUUCACAUUUAAUUUGUCUAAACGUCCGUCGUGGAAAUGCGCUUCGUGUUGUUAGUGGAGUCUGUGGGGUGUUUAUGUAGGCUACCUGUCCAGUGAACACAACCAGUGAAGUUGCUGUAGUUUUAGCUCGUGCCAAACAAACAUGCGGGACAUGACCGUGUUUGAGCGAUCUCCCGUGACCGUGUUCGCCGCGGAGAUGAUGGAGGUGUUUGACCGGACUCCCACGGAAAAAGAACUCGUCUCUCAGUCCAAGGAACUUUGUAGAGACUUCAUUCACUCCAGAAUCAUAAGGGAAGGACUCAGCUGGUCAAAAGUUGAGCCAGAUCUGCCCGAGCCACACGGUGCUCUUGCAGAUGUAUCUGUGGUGCUUCUUAAACUGGGUGAUGAACUGGAGUGUAUGCGCCCAUAUGUGUAUCGUAAUAUUGCAAAGCAGCUGAACAUCAGUGUAGCAGUGGAGGCUGUGGUGUCAGAUGCCUUUCUCUCUGUAGCAACAGAGAUUCUAGCCAUGGGGAUCACAUGGGGCAAAGUGGUGGCCAUCUACGCUGUAGCUGCUGGGCUGGCUGUGGACUGUGUGCGACAGGGCCAUCCAGUCAUGGUGCACACCAUUGUGGACAGUCUGGGAGAAUUUGCGCGUAGGAGCCUGGUCCCAUGGCUCAAAAAGCGGGGAGGAUGGGGGGACAUUUCAAAAUGUGUGGUGAACAUGGACUCUAGAGCUCAUGCCCAUUGGUUAUCAACAGCUUUGUUAUCAUGGAGGGAAUUCAUAAAGACCAUGUACAUCUACCUGACGAAGUAGCCUUGUGCAGAAGUCAUCCUCUUGACUGAGAACUGAAUCUUUCCCUCCCAGAACUAUCUGAAUGGUCCAUUGUACUGUUUGUGGAGCCCUGGGGAGCAAUAUAGCCCCUCACAAAGGUUACAGCACGUCAUCCAGGUUCAACUGCACCUUAAUCGUCAUUUACCUUUAAUUAUUUCUUUAAAAUAUACUAAACAUAGUGUGAAACAAAUACUAUGAGCUGACAUUUUGUGGAGGGGAUGGUACUAUGAGGGAAAACGGCUAUAUUCAUUGCUGGAGCUACAUAAUGUCUGUCUUCCUUAAUAUAAAAUGACCCAGAAAUAAGGUCUGCAGCUAAAGGAGCUCCUUUCGUGCUGAUGAUGCAUGGUAUGGAUUCAUUCUACUGAGAUUUUAUACUGAAUAACUGUGCCAUGAGUGGGAUAUUUUAAUGUAUGACAAUGUUCAGAUUUUUAUUUUUACAAAAUUGCUUAAGAUUAUGUUUGGAGUGUCACUUUGCACUUUCAAUUUGUACAGUUUGUGGUGUGUGUAACACAGUUUUCACCAGCUGUAUACAUCUUUAAAUAAAGAUUUUAUUGUGGGUCUUGA